AUGGCCCCUCGCGAGAACACAACAAGACCUUCGCAAGGAAGGAAAUCUGUUCAGGCAUCAGAUCAGAAUUUUCAGAGCAGCUCGGGGAAUGGGACCUCAAAAUCGACCAACAAGACCAAUCGCUCACAAGCCUCGACCAGAACUGCCAAGGACAAAGACUGGGCUCAAACACUCCAAGAUGGUUACAGGGAAGGAAACAAAUGGUUCCGUUUCUUCAAAAAUAAAGAAGACUUGCGAAGAUUCGGCAAAACCAAGGAUUGCCUAGCUAAAAAGAGUGAGGACUUGUUGAAGCAGUUAAGGAGGAGAAGACGGGAACACAAAGACCCUCGGUACCAGCUACAUACACUCGAGACUAAGCUGGGACGAUUGAAACGCAAGCCCGAAGCUAACAUUUUCCACGAGUUGGAAGACCUUGUCUGCCCUGCAGCAGAAGGUCUAGCAGACAUUCAUGUCGACGACCCCGAGCUGGAAGAGAGGUACCUUGAUCUUGCUGAGGGUUGGGGAGAGCAAUGGGAUAAACGGAUACCGAUGCUUGAUAGACCACCGCCGAGCCCCGACUACUUCGUUGGCUUUUCUCGCAAUGCCUUCUUACCCGAUCAGCGCGACGAGCUCGACAGGAACGCCAACGCGACCACGACGUUUAAAGCGACAAGUCUCGUGUGCCUUCCUUUCCUCACAUGCGAAGCGAAGGCACUGGAUGUGUUUGAAGUUGCCGAAAGUCAAAAUUGUUGGAGCAUGUUCAUUGCUGUCCGCGCCACGGUCAAGCUCUUCGAGAUUGCCAAUUUGCAAGACGACAUUAACCGGGAGAUUCUGGCAUUUUCAGUUGGCUAUAACCAGAGGGACGUGGAAGUUCAUGCUUACUAUCCCAUUUUGGACAAAGACUGUACCAAAAUCUUCCGCCGAGAGAUACUUUCCAACUCUUUGAUGCCCAGCCGAAACUCUAACGAUCCAUGGAAGGCGUUGGAUCUGGUUCGAAAUGUGUAUGAGAUCUGGGCACCGGAACACCUCGACCGUGUGCGCAAGGCCAUCGAUGCCAUCUCUCAAAGGACUAUUUCUUCAAGCACGAAAGUCGGGUCGGCCGCGGAGGCACCGUCCGAGUUGGCGAGCUCUGCGUCAGACUCUCAUUCUUCGAGCACGGAAGUCCCGUCAGACGCGAGAUCACGACCGCGAUCGUCGAGUGCUGCAUCAGGGGCGUCAAAGAAGCGGCGUCUCGAGGACCAACCUGCUGGAAGCACAGGCAUGUCGUUUGACGCGGGUGCCCUCAGUUUGGAGGAAAGUUUGGAGGAAAGCAUCGAGUAG